GCUAAAUAAUCUCUCAGGCAGCAGCGUCAACAUUAAAGGACAUCCGGGUGAUUCCAGUGACCUUGGUUUGUUUGUGAGAAUCAUGGCGGCACUUGUCAGGAUAAGUUCAGUUUGCCACAGAGGUUUCAGGCCUCUAUUAUUUCGCUCUACCUCCCUUAUCAGACCUUUGGCUGUACAGAAGAAGGAUCAUGAUUGUCCAUACUUAGUCUCAGCAAAGAUACAUGGAACACCCUCCAACUACGCUUCUGGGACCAAAGGUGCUUCAUUGCACUGGACGGGAGAGCGUGCCCUGAGCGUAAUUCUUUUGGGCUUGAUGCCUGUUGCAUAUUAUUUCCCAGGCCCUGCCAUUGACUACUCCUUAGCAGCUGCACUUACUCUACAUGGUCACUGGGGGAUUGGCCAGGUUUUGACAGACUACGUCCAUGGAGACUUUAAAGUCAAGGCAGCGAACGCCAGCCUCUUCAUUCUAUCGACUGUCACAUUUGCUGGCCUUUGCUACUUCAACUACCAUGAUGUGGGGAUUUGUAAAGCUGUGGCCCUCUUGUGGAGUAAAUGACUGGACUGAGAUGAGGGCUGGGGGGAUGGUUUGAGUUAAGCUUUCUUCAUCUAGUCAAUUGUACACGUUCGUGAUAUUGUUUGUAAAUUCUAUAAAUAUAUAAUUUUUGACAAAAUAUCAUGUUUGCAUUCGCAAGUGUUUUUAAUUAUAAAUGCUGUCAGUUUGAAAAUCUCUGCAUGUUGUCCAGUCUCUUGUAUGGCAAAUCAGUAUUUAUUAUGCAUCCAUCUGAAGAAAUUGGGGAAGAGGUUGCCACUAUCACUACAGUAAUGCUACAAAAUUGCAAAAAGAUACCUUUACAAGGAACAAAAAAAGAAAUGGAAAAAAAGGUAUAGUAUGUUUUGGCCAUAGUAUUUUGAUCAUGUUAUCUUUGUGCAAAGAUAUUCAAAUGUUAAAUUGAUGUUAUGCACCUAUUUUAGUUGCCGUUAUUGAAACCUUGACAAAUAAGCAUGGGUAAAUGUAUAACAAGUUCGAACUUUUCACCCUCGUAUACAUCCUCCAAGACUGACCUUUUCGAGAAUUGACACAUUGAUGGUAUUUCGAUUUCACAUGUCAAUAACUUGGCACGCCUGUGUUUCUGCACAAUUCAAUAAUUUUUCAAUGGGAAUAUGUAUAUGUGCUGUUAUUAACCACAGUUUAAUUAAUUCCUAUAUUUUAAAUUGCUUUUAACAUAUUUAAAACAGUUGUGUGACACUUAAAAUUGUAAACAGUCAGCUCAUGUCCAAACAGUAAAAACUUUUAAAUCGUU